AAAAGGACACGAGUCGUCUUCCUGCCGUGCCGUCGCAGCCUCUCCUCUCCCGCUCCCAAGCACCUCCUAGGGUUUUUUACUUUCCCCUCCGGCAAGCCUUUACCGGCGCGCCACCAUGACGGUCGCCGACCUGCUCCGCGCCCAGCCUGAGGAGCACAAGAUCGAGGAAGAUGAGCCUAUCCUUGAGGAUGAUGAUGACUACGAUGAAGACGAUGAUGAGGAUGAGGAUGAGGAUGAAAAAGAUGACGAUGAUGUUGAGGGAGGUGAUGCUAGUGGAAGAUCUACACAGAGUAGGAGUGAGAAGAAGAGCAGGAAAGCUGUGGAGAAGCUUGGCAUGAAGGCCAUUACUGGUGUGAACCGUGUAACUAUCAAAAAGAGCAAGACCGUGACGUAUGUCCUCUCCAAGCCAGAUGUCUUCAAGAGCUCGCGCUCAGAAACCUAUGUCAUGUUUGGGGAGGUUAAGCUCGAGGACGUGAACACUGAACUUCUGCAGACACAAGCGGCAGAGCAGUUCAAGACGCAGGGCCCGAGCGGCGUCAUCUCGAAGGAUGAGCCGUCCAUGGCAGCAGCCCAGGACGACGAGGAGGUCGAUGAGACUGGUGUUGACAAGAAGGACGUCGAGCUCGUGAUGAUGCAGGCCUCCGUGUCGAGAUCCAGGGCUGUGGAGUCGCUCAAGGCUGCGGAUGGCGACAUCGUCAGCGCCAUCAUGGAGUUGACUAACUAGGUGCUGGAAGGUGGAGUUGUGUCCUGAUAAUAGGAGGUUGGGUCGAAGCAGUCUUUUGGUCAUGUCAUCUUGAAUGUUGUAGUUGCGGAACUGGAGGCUCUGUGCCUGUUGAAAGUUGAAACUAGGUUUUGAAGGUGUUUUAGCAUGUGAUGAUCAACAAACUGAUUGCUCUUAUGGGAAAAUCUGAAAUUUUGCUACAAA